AUGGGUCGCACCCACCGCGACGAUCUCGCGGACGCGACCUCGUCGCACUCGCUGCAUUCCAUGAACGACCCCACUCUCGAUUCCAUUCCCUCCCAAUCCACCCCCGUGCUGUUCCCCUCUGGCCCGACUCCUAGUUUCCGGCCCCUACGCCUUGUCGACGCGGCUUAUGCGCUCCCUGGCAGCAACGGCAUUCACUCCCAUGACACCCGCGUCGUGACCCUCUCGCCGAGCCUCUCCAGGAACACCAAUGAGCUCUUCCACGUUAUCCGCAGACAGCUCAAACUGCCUGUGCGGCCGAUGCUGCAUGUCCGUGGCACACACACCGAAACCUCCAAUGAUGGCAAGCAGAAGAAGUCCAACACUGUCACCGACUUCGACUUCCGGCUGGAUCUUGCCGAAACCGUGCUGAGGGGAUGGGAGGGCGGCCCGUUGCAUGCGAAUUGGAUGGAACUGGACGUGAUCCGCGAUGGAGAUGACAUUUCCGCCUACCGGGGUGGAAUUAUGCGCUCGCGCGCGUACAAAGCCCCCGCGUCGGGUCCGGUCGUUGGCCACGCCAUGGACAGCGAUGCUGCCCUCCUCGGACCCGAUGUCGAGGCCGGCGUUGAUGUGGAUGACCAAGAGGAAGGGGAACAUCCUGCUGUUGCGGAUAUCGAUGCCGACCUCAAGCUCUGGUGUGAGCGAUUCUGCCUCGACCCCUCGCCUGUUAAAUCCUUUACGAUCUACCGUUCUCUCCAGGGGUUCGAUCAUCAAGCGAUGCGUAAUAUCUUUGACUCACACAUCCGUGAUCUCAACUACCGGGGCAGUAUCCAUCAGCAGUUCUCGCAGGCCCACAGCUCCGUCACCGUCUACUCCCCACACUGGAUCAACCAGCUACGCACCAACAAGUUCGUGUGGUGGGUUGUUGUCAUCCUUCAGCUCUGGAUCAUUACAUGGCCGAUCAUCUGGCUGAUGGAGAAGCGGUACGAAAUCGCUCGCACGCGGUGGAAUGCUUCGCUUGACCCCGGUACCAGCUCCAGUUUGGUCAAGUGCUACGCACACAGUCGCAAUGAGUCAGCUUUGGCUGAGUUCUGGGCCCCAGCUGUCAAGCAGGCGGCCUGGACCCGCCGGUCUGGCGACAACAAUCUCCUGACGCGGCUAGACGCCGAACGAACGCAGGGAAUGAGCACCGAGCAGUUGAUUAACUUCCGCCCUCGCGAGUCCGAUGCGGAGUUAGAGCGACGCGAACGUGUCGCGAGAGGUGAAGGUGGUUUCAUGGACAGUGUCGUGGGCUUGGCUCGCGGCAUCAGUGAAGUGGGUCAGGAUUGGAGGUUCACGAUGGGCUGGGGUGCCAAUACCUGA